AUGUUGGCCAAGCCCCUGACACUGUCUGCACAAGGGAAAGCUAUUCUCCAUGGGGAGCAUGCUGUCGUGCAUGGCAAAGCAGCUUUGGCUGUGGCCUUGAACCUGAGAACGUUCCUUCAAAUUAGACCCAGUAAUAGAAAGGUCUUAAUAUGCUUACCUAAUAGAACCAGUUUAAACUGGGAAACCGUCCGGCUCCGGACACUACUGAUUGCUUUCCUAGAUGGCUUGGAUGAAUCUAAAUCCCCCAGCCCAGAACAAAUGGAUGCACUGAAAGAGUUUGCAGGAAUCACUACUGGACUUUCAACCACGGAGAGCCUUGGUACCCUUGCAUUUCUCUAUCUGUACCUGUCUAUUUCAGCUAAAUAUGGACAGAUACCAAGCGUGGAGAUAGUGGUGUGGUCUGAGCUGCCCACAGGAGCUGGGCUAGGCUCAAGUGCUGCCUAUUCUGUUUGUUUGGCAGCUGCCCUGUUGACUGCAUGUGGAGCCAUUGGCUGCCCAUUGGAGGAGGAGAAGUCCGUAGUCAGAUGGCCUGAGGAGGAGUUGGAUUUAAUUAACAGAUGGGCCUUUCGGGGAGAGCAGGUCAUCCAUGGCAAGCCUUCUGGUGUGGAUAACUCUGUAGCGACUUGGGGUGGAGUGCUCCGAUUUCAAUCAGGAAAAAUCACAUCAUUAAAGAGAGUGCCGACUCUAAGGAUCUUAUUGACCAACACAAAAGUGUCUCGGAGCACCAAGAUCCUUGUGGCAGGUGUCAAAGACAAGAUUCUUAAGUUUCCUGCUAUAAUGAACCCAGUGCUUGCCUCGAUAGACGCAAUUUCUCAGGAGUGUGAAAAUGUUCUAGAAGCAAUGGCUGAGAGUCCAUCACAGGAGUAUUACCCUGUGCUAGAGGAGCUCUUUGAUAUAAACCAGCAUCACUUAAAUGUGAUUGGAGUUGGCCAUUCCUCACUGGACAACGUGUGUCGAGUGACCGCCACACACGGGCUGCGCAGUAAGCUGACUGGCGCUGGAGGAGGUGGCUGUGCAAUCACUUUGCUAAGACCAGACACAGACCCAUUGAUGGUGGAAGCAGUCAGACAAGAUCUCAGUGCCUGUGGAUUUGAAUGCUGGGAGACCAGUAUUGGGGCGCCUGGAAUAUGUCUUCAUUCGCUGUCAUCUUUGAAAGCAGAAGUUCUGCAUGUCUUUAAUUCGGUUUAA